AAAACACAUAAAUACACCUGAAGGUGCAGUCUCUGAGCCAUGACUUAACGCCGCGCAGCUGCGCAGCCGAUGGCCAAGCGCCCAAGGCUGCUGCUUUGGCUGAGUUUGGCCGGCAUUUCGGCCUUUGAGAGAUGUGGCGAUGCCAACAACAACUGCUACAAGUGGUCCUUGGAGGGGCGAUGCACGAACUCCUCAGAGGACUCUGUUCGGGCUUACUGCCCCUUCAGCUGCGGAGUUUGCAUGCCACACUCCUGCAGCGCGGAGAAAGCGGAUGAGGACUUUUGCAAUGCGGACCUCGAGAGUCAUGAUGAGGAGCACGGUGGGAUGCACUGUUCCUUUUGGCACCACCUGCCGACACGUGGUCGAAUCGAUGUCUAUUUCCUGCACGAGGAGGAAGUGCUCGUCGGGAGUCUUGAGCCGAACUCGGUCUUUGGCGUGAAGACCUACGAAGAUCACGUCUUCCGCCUCCGCGACGCAGGAAGUCAAGACCUUCUGGCUACGGUGCGGAUGUUCCGAACGCGUAUCGUCCUGAUCAUCGAUGAAGACUUCAUGGAGUCGCUCAAGGAUUGUGUCGAUCUUCCGCAUGAGACCUGGCAAGGCUCUUGCGAUGACUGGGCUCCUGAAGGGCAAUGUGUCCCAAAUCCCGGAUUUAUGACUGUCUACUGCUCCAGGAGUUGCUAUGCAUGUCAUCUACGGCAGGAGGAGACACGCUGUACUCGGCGGUUUCUGCAAAUGAACCAGGAGCCUGCUUUGAGGCCUGGGGAUUUAGAGCAAGUCUUUCGAGACAUGAACGAGCGCAGCAAGAAGUACAGCACGGCCAUGAGGGUCUUGAGCCAGUCGCCAUGGAUCGUCACCUUUGAUGACAUCAUUUCAGAGGAGGAAAUGGCUGAGUUGUUGGCUUCCACGAAGGUCUUCAAUCAAUCCAGAGAUCAAGGCGAGGCCAAUGCCUUUGGAAUGCAAGAGGGAAUUAUUUCAUCCAAGCGAACCUCGCAGACGGCUUGGUGCCAAGAUACCUGCAAAGAGCUCCCCAGCUACAUCGCCGUGAUAAAUCGAAUCGCAGAGAUUGUCCAGGUGCCAAGUGAGAACUUCGAGUCCAUGCAAUUUCUGAAGUACCACGUUGGCGAGCGCUACGUAGAGCACCAUGACAUGAACAACGAAAAGGACAAUGACUUCGCUUGUGGUCCCCGGAUUUACACCUUCUUCCUCUAUCUUUCGGAUGUGGAGGAAGGUGGCGAGACGCAUUUCACGCAGCUCAACCUCUCCGUGAAGCCACGCAAAGGCUCUGGUCUUCUUUGGCCUUCCGUUCUCUCGGAGAAUCCCACCGUGCAGGAUGAGAGGACGAUGCAUGAAGCCAAGCCUGUCCUUCGUGGCAUGAAGAUGGCGGCGAAUGUGUGGGUUCAUCUCUACGACUUCAGCACUCCCAAUCACUGGGCCUGCACCGGUGGCGGUCGUUGAACUUCAGAGCCCGCAGCCGGGCGCCGAGAUGAGAGGCCGUGCGCCGUUGAAA